CAUCAUAUGCAUUGCUAGCUUCAGUCAGACCUUUGAUACUACCUUGGCCAUAAAGCGUGGACCGCACCAUCCGCGUGGUGAGACGAGAAAAGUGGAUCAGCAUUUGACGCAUGAGGAGCAGUGAUCGCAUCGAGGAUGAUCUAAAGGAUAUGGGCGUUCAGGCCAACAUGGAUGAGAUGAGUGAGGAGGAGAAAAUAUUCUACAUGUUCAAGGCGCACGACAACGACAACAACAACGCACUAGACGGCCUAGAGAUGAUACAGUCAGCCAUGCACCACAAUUAUGACUACUUCAAGAAGAGCGACCGCGAUGACUAUUUGCAAAAUGCGAGCGAUGAGUUGGAACACUUCAUAGAGGCGAUUGAUAAGUUUCUGCUCAUUGCGGAUGAGAACAACGAUGGACUCCUGCAUUAUCCCGAAUUUGUCAAGGCCGUCGCUGGCGGCAAGGAACAAUUGAGUGUGGAAAAGAAUUUAAUGCGUUAGGCCAGAGAGACCAGAACGCUUAGCUCAAGCACAUGCCAAACAUCUACGUAGACACAAUAAUAGACAUAGUAGCUUAGUGAAAAUUGUAGCAUUAUUUAGCUAUUGUAUCUCCAUACUGAGCCAUUAAGACUGUAUAUAACACACGAUCACACACAUACUACACAACCCCAGAUACAGAAUCGGAGCAGCCCUUAACACUUAAAGCUAGCAGCUAGGAGCAACGCCUUAAAGCAAUACACCACAAAGAAAUAUGCUAGACACUUGAU